CUCCUCGUCAUGGCAGCAGGGCUCGCGUGGGCAGCAUCGGCAGUGGCGGCACGGCGUGCAGCGUGCUUGAGAUGGGCAUAAAGAGCAUGGAGGUCGAGGACGAUUCCUUCGUUGUGGAGACGGUGGAGAUCAUCAAGCGACCGGGACAGACCCUCGGCUUCUACAUCCGAGAGGGCAAUGGCUUCGACCGUGUGGACGGAGUCUUCAUCUCGCGCAUCCAGAUGGGCACGGUGGCGGAGAGCAAUGGCCUCCUGCACGUUGGCGAUGAGAUCCUGACAGUCAACAACGUGCGCGUGGGCAACAUGUCUUUGGAUGAUGUCGUCAUCCUCAUGUCCAUCCCCAAGAAGCUGGUGCUAAGCAUCCGGACUCGCAGGAACUGCAACAAGAACAAGUCGUGCCCGUCGCUGGCCCUGACGGACAAGGACGACGACGACGAUGAGCCCCCGAUCGUGGUGCUCAAGAAGGGGCGGUCCUCCUCGGCCACGGCCCUGGAGAUGACCGAGAAGUGCCCGGACGCCUUCCCGCCGUACGCCCAGUAUCCGUUCCAUCCAGCGGACUACCUCCAGCCCAAGCGGGAUACCCUGCACGACCGGCCUACCUCAUCCUCGCGCUACGCCAGCAUCUUCAUCUCCCCCGACAAAGCGCAGGCUCGGCUGUUGACGGACGAGGCGUUGGACAGCGGUAACUCUAGCGACGGUUCUCUGCCGAGGAGCAUAGACUCUGGUCGGGAGCUCCCCUACGGAGGCGGGCAGGACGUGGAGUUAUCGGCAGCCGACAGCCCCGGAUCCUACGUGAGUCCCUCCACCACCAUGGUAGGUUCUGGCGGGGGCGCCAACUUCGUGGGUGACCGCGAGUACAUGAAGUACCUCCUCCCGGACCGGAAGCAGACGCCCAAGUCGCCUUCCAAGUCGAUUCCCUUGGCCGCCCUGUCUCCUUCACACGCUGGAUACCUCUCUGACGAAGGUUCCAUGUACUCGGAGCCUCCCUACAUGAACCUGGGCCCCUACAGGGAGGGCUCUGCCCAUCCCUCCCUACCGAACCGUUCACGAGGACAGAAAUCUCAGGAAAGACUGCGGGACCUCUUGCAGUCCAAGUCCCGGUACAACCGCUUGCUGCGGAGCCGGUCACCCGAGUGCUACAAUUCCGAUUCGGAAGUGAUUUUCACACAUCAGCGCCCUCAGGAUUCUCGCGGUUUCGCGUCGGACUACGAGACGUACGCGGGAGCCGCAAGUGACGAUGACGGACCCGUGUACUCCAUCCCCCUCAUGCCUUCCAGCAGCAGCUCCGAGCUGGAGGUCCUGCUGCAGAAGUUCACCACCCUGUCUCAGGAACUGCAGCAGGAGCAGAGCAAGUUGCAGCGACAGCUGUCGUCUCGAGAGAAAGGCAGACCAGUUCACAUGCCCCUUGCUCGGCCAGCGGACUCCGGACUCAUGGACGCCUAUGGUCAUCGGCCUGCGUCCAGCAGAGGUUCACCCGGCCCGUCCAGGCGGGCCAUCUCCACGGGCACCCAAACGCCUGCCGGCGUGCACCCGUCCUCCCGAAUGAUGCCCAAGCCCGCCUCUGAGUCCCCCUUCUUGUACCGGCAGUUCACCCUGGACGACCAGCUGGACGCCAGCAAAGACCAGCAGCCGUCACGAGGAGGAGGUGGAGGGAUGGGGCUCAGCACGUCUGUUGGCGGGGGGAUCGGCGGGGGGAGCGGUGCUGGCUCCGAUGGGGUAGGAAUGGGCCUCGUUCAGCGGCCAGGACUCAUCACGGGUGGACUGCCCCUCGCCACGUCACCGGGCAAAAUGGCGGCUGAUGUUUCCACGGCAGGAAGAGCAGGGACCGCCUCUGCCGGCUCCGCCACCCCCACCUCUGCCAGACUACGGGAUCUGCACUUCUCCCGCAAGCCCCUACACAUCCCCUACAGCGAGUUCGAGCCUUACCGCGCAGACAUACGCAAGAGGGUGGAGAUUAGCCGCAGCUGCGGACUGGACGGACUGCUGAAUAUCCACGUCAUGUCCGGCCAGGGCCUCAAGUCCUCCAAGACCAGCCUGCGCGACCUGUACUGCGUAGUGGCCGUGGACUCGCUGAACAAAGCCCGCACCAUGAUCCGCACCGGCGCCAUCAACUUCGACUGGGACGAGGCCUUUGACGUCGACCUCGAGGACUCCAAAGAGGUCUCCUUUCUCAUCUACCACUGGGACCCAAGCUACAAGCAUCGCCUGUGCUUCCACGGCUCCGUCCUGCUGCCCGGCUACGUCGUCAGUGGUCAGCGCCGCUACGUGGCCAUCAAGAUGGAGCCCAAGGGCAUUCUUUUUGUGACACUGAUGUACAAGGAGCCCGCCCUGUCCCUCCAACGCCUGCCUUCCUUGCGUAAGAACGCCCUCUUCGGGAUGGACCUGGAGGCCGUCAUCAAGAGGGAGAACUCGGGCUUCAACGUGCCGCUGCUGGUCAAGAAGUGCGUGGAGGAGGUGGAGGCCCGGGGCCUGGAGACGGUUGGCAUCUACCGCCUGUGUGGCUCCGCGCGCCGCAAAGCCAUGCUGAGGGAAGCGUUUGAAAAGAAUGCUGCAGCGGUGGAUCUCUCACCUGAAAACGUCUCGGACAUCCAUGUCGUCACUGGAGUACUGAAGGACUAUCUGAGGGAACUGCCAGAACCACUAUUUACUAAUGCCCUCUACCAGAUGUUGUUGGAUGCCCUUAGUGUCCGGUUGCCCAGUGACCCUGAGGGCAGUGCUAAACUCAUGCUGAGUAUACUUGAGUGCCUUCCAACCGCCAACCAGGACACAAUGGCCAUGAUUCUAAAUCAUCUUCGGCGGGUGGCAAGUCACAGUGAGAAAAACAAGAUGACAAUUGACAACCUUGCCAUCUGCUUCGGCCCAGUCUUGCUCUGCCCUGCACCGGCCACCUCGCCUGACCCCACCCUCGACUUUCGCAAACACAUCGAAGUUCUGCGAUACCUCCUUGAGAUAUGGGAGUAUGACAAUGGUACCAGUGAAUCAAGCACCUCCCAGUCAGCAGCAGCUGAGGCUGUGGUCUCUCUGGAUUCAGGGCCUGGCAUCUUGUCAGCAUCUGAUUCACAAGCAAGCAGCCUGCGUUCUCAACCUGACCGCUCCAAGCAGGGCCACUCUACGCACAGCUCCCAUUGUUGACCCUCAAUCCACUCCAAGUAGCAUAGCACUGCACUUAGUCAUAAUGUUUCUGCUCCAUUCAUUUACAGUGAGACUGAGACCAGAAUGUGGAUGCUGUUGACUGCAAAUCCCUGCUUGGCUGUAUGCAGGUCUGUCUGACCUGCUCUCCCAAACUGAACUUGUGGUUUGCCAUAAACUAGACCUGCUUUUGAAAAUGUGGGCUUUUGUUUGUUUGAUUGGUUGGUUACUAGUUCAGAGAUUGAAGAAGGAGGUGACAUCAUCCCAAGCAAAAUGUGAUGCUGCACAUUCAAAAAGGACUAAGAAUGAAAGUAAGUAUUUGGAAUGACAGAUCUGUUGUGGAUGAUUUUUAGUCAGUGUUUCUCAUGGAAAGGUGUACCUCCAUGUUUCUUUUGGACUUUUGCUGCUCUUGCUCCAUUGAGGUUCGCAGUUAGUUAUUUCCCUGAAUGGCUGUUUUGAAAAUCUUUGGCCUUACAGUUUUCAGGAAGUCCUUGAGAACAGAUUGAUACCGUUUUUUUGUCACAUUGUCAGCACCAGCUAGCAAUCAAGCUUAUUUGGCAAGUGCUCAUUUGGCAACCAUUUCUGACCUGGCCAGUCAUUUUGUUUUGCGCCUGUUUCAGCAUUGUCCAGAUGCUGGGUAGCUGAGCUUGUGUUGAAGCUUUAUAGUUAAGGGCAUUACUGCUGCUUAAGUUAGGUAUUGCCACAGGGCUGUUGUAUUGGUGUGUCUUUCCUUAAGUAUAUCUGUCACAUGUGAUCACAAGAGAUUAAGAUUUUGGUAUCUUACAAUGUUGAAAGCUCUAAGGCAUUUAUUUAAUUGGUACUGUUGAAGUUUUGUUUUACUGUGGAACCUGAUCAAACCAAAGCUACAAUUUGUGAGAGCAUGGUCUGAACUUCAGACUUUAAACCAUUUUUAAUGAAGAAUCUAAAAUGCAUCGUAUGUGCAUUUUAUAUUUGUUGGAGUUUUGAGUUUCUACACCCUACGGGCUUUUGUUUUGUUUGGCUGCACUUUAAAUAUGUUUGUUAGUUUUUCAAGAUCAUAUAUAGUGCAUAUCUUCUAUAUUACUUCAUUAAAUGCAUGAGACUGGGUCUGUGUGUGAGCGCCUGUACAUGCACAUGUGUGUGUGCAUGAAUGUUUCUGUUUAUCAUGCAUGCACACAUGUGCAUAUGAGUGAUAGAUACAGAUAAAUAUCUGUGAGAGACAGAGGUAUGCAUGGAGCUAAACACAGCCUGAGAUCUCAAAUUCACAUUAUUGCAAAGUUCAAAGACAGGUUUUUUUGUGAGUACAAGAAGCCCUGACAGAGAGACCUUCUUACAAAAUCUCCAUGAGACUGUAUAUUGACAGACUCACAAGAAUUUUUGCAGAUCACAUUCUUAAAAUUUGUACAGCAAAAAAAAAAAGAUUCAACAUGACAGUGAUAAUAGGAACAUUUACCAAGAGAAGAACACUUUUCUGUGGUACAACGUUUCAAUGUAUGUCAAUAUAUUCUGAGUUUAUGGGUUGCAUUUUACGGUUUUAUUGAUUCUUUUGGCUACCUUGCCAUCAUAUUGCUUUAUUAUCCUUAAGUAUAUUUUGCAGUAUUCUAUAGUUAAUGGCAAGAAGCCAUACUACAGAACUGUUGCUGAUGUGACAAAUUAACCACCAGAAUCCCACACAUGGAAAAAAUCAUGUUGGUUUCAGAGGUGCCCAGCCUAUGGCGCACGGGCCACAUCCGGCCCGCAAAGGUGCCUCAUCCAGCCUGCUCACUUUAACCAAACACAACAUAAUUUCAUUUUUAAUGUCAUGAUUCUGACAAAACUGCCAUGUUCUGGCCCCCAAAAUUUUAUAUCAUGUCCAAUGCGGCCCUUGAGUGAGAAAAGGUUGGGCACCACUGGUUUAAAAGAAAGAAUACUUUUCACUGUUUAACAUUGUUGCAUUGAAGAUAAAUUACUGCAGUUUUAUCAUUUAUUUGCAUCACCAUGGGUAGACUGUAACUUGUUGUGGCCAUGUUUGUGAAUGAUAUCUUAGGUGUGAGUGUUCAACUCUGUGGUUGUGAUAGCAGCAACGCAGACCCUGUGAUGCUCAAAUUCAGAAUGUGAUCCCUAUAUUUG